CAGUGUCAUGAUUUCCGUUUCCCCUCUUAAAUUCAGUGCUAACAGGACCAUUGCAGGAUUGUAAAUCUUUUUUUUUUUUUUAGGCGUAUAAAGACUGGUUUAGUUUUAGGUCGCUGCUAUGGGGGAUAUGGAAUCACCCGACACGACACCAACACGCCAGUCUGGAAUAAGGACUCUCCUCCCCGACAAAGCUUUUGUCACCUCGCGGAAAGGACAGCUGCUUAUUGCUGAAGUGGCUCUGUCCUUCAUCUGCUUCAUCUGCUUCGUGGCAUCCAUCGCAGCAGCUUUUGUGACGGCGCCCCUCGUUGAGUUCCUCUUGGCUUUUUUCCUGCUCUUCGCCUACUCCAGCAAGUUCAAUGAGCGAUUCAAGGGCUUCCAUUGGCCACUAAUGGAUUUCCUGCGCUGCGUCAGCGCCUCUGUUAUCUACUUCAUUAUUUCAAUAAUCUCUGUUUCAAGAUACAUUGACUCAGCAUCCAAAGCAGCAGGGGUGUUUGGGUUCAUAGCCACCAUAGUGUUUGCAUUGGACUUCUAUGUCAUCUUUAACGAUCUGGCUAAUUUUCUGAAGCAAGGCGAGACGAUGGAACAGCCUACCACAGAAGACUCCAACUCUGAUUCUGACUAAAACAAACUUAGGAUUGCCUGGACUUCUGCCCUGAUGAGGAAAUGGCAUGAAGGCUGCCAUUCAAGCUUUCUUCAUACUUUACAGUGUACAUGACAACACAUGCAAUGUUCAUCGAGAAAUGAGAAAGCUAGCCAAUUACAGUACGGUAUAGACACUUUAUAUGCUAGUCUGCUUCAUGAUGCUGGUGCUGUGGAACAACACCUCACUGCAGAGCAAAAGAAAACCUGGCAGAUGGAAAACGCCACACCAUGAGCUGUAGCCAGCAAUAUCCAUUACUUAUCUCAAUGGGGGGUUCCAUACUUUAAAAGAGCACAACAGAUUCCACAGGGACAAUCAAGGCCUUUUGAUGGAUAGCACCCUUCAGUUUGAAUUGUGAUGGGGUGUUAUAUGACAGUUUUUAAUGGCUUUUAUAGCUUACUUAUAUUAAUGAUGACAAUCCUUCCUUUUAAAGUUGUUUGACCAUUCAGAACUGUGAAUUGGCAACAGUGUUCGUAUUAAUAAUCCAUUUUAAGUAUUUGAAAUGACUGAUUAGCCUACACACAAAGUCUUAUUUUAUACAAUUAUAUAAUUUUGUAAUUUUUAACGCCUUGUCAAAAUGAAUGAAGAAUGAUAUAAUCAUAUAAGUGAUAUUGCUGUAGUAAAAUAUACAAUUUAUAUUGACAUUUUAGUAUUUGUUACACAACUACGAAACACGCAUAUUUCAGACAUUCGAAAACUGAAACUUGUUUGCUUGUUACCUAGUAGUGUUUGUGUUGUGUUAGUGUUACAUUCAUUGAUUUCAAUCUUCAGUUUCCUUGUAACUUGAAAUAACGAGUCGAUGGCUGUGUGCCUGACAAUUCCACUUCAGCCAGCACUGAUUGUUAAUAACAAAUACAACUGAGGUUCUCCAGUGAGCAAAUAUUCCAGAGUGACAUCAGCUAUUGGGCCAUUCAAUGGAUAUGGUACAAAACAGUUUUAAUAGAAUGGUCAUGAUAUGUGUAUUCCAUAUGAUAUCAAGCUAGUUGUGUACUUCUGUUUAGUAUUUUUUGAUAUAUGCAUUUUUAUUGGGAGACAUACCACUAGUGUUAUUAUUAAUACAGCACUUUAAAAAUAAAAAAAGCUGCAGCUGAUUUGGGGAGUUUUGGCAUAAAACCAUUUUAUGUUAUAUUUUUGUGCUUGUUUUUACAGCUGAUCAGCAUCUCCCAUCUUCUAAAGAAUGUAGACGUCCUCUUGAUUUCAUUCAGUCUUUGGGUAACAGCAGAGGCUUGUACAUUGAGGUUUAUUUGCCAAGUUAGUUUAGAGGCUGUCAAACUGAAUUAGUAGCAGAAUAGAAAAUGUAGGCCAUUUUGUGUGGACUGUUCCUUUGUGACCCCUCGGAAUAGAAUCUGCAGUUCUAUAUUUGUAUGCCCAGGUAAAAUGUUCUUUAAUGAUUUUUAUGUUUCAAUGUUACCGUCUUCAAAAUGAGUUUAUAUUGGAAAUAAAAUGUAGCAUUGCUAGGCA